GCGAGCCGUGCAGCGGCUGCAAUCUGGGAGGGUCGCUUUCGAUGCCCCCCAGAUGUGCCAGAGGUGCCAUACGGCCGGCGUGGAAGUAGCCCCAGCCGACCUGGGCCAGGCGCUCCAGGCCCUCUCCUGGCUCUUUGGCACAGCAGCAAAAAAUAAACUCACCUCCGAAGAAUUUUCCACCGAGCUAGGCAAAACGUUCAGUUUUCUGCCGCAACAGCCUGGCCAGGUGAUCCAGCAGGUGUGGAAUGAGAAAAGAAAAUCCCUGGUGGAAUUGGAGGAUGCAAUACCUGUGGCAGCAGCUGGACAGCUUAUUGAUUUUCAGUGGAAGCUGGGAAUGGCCAUUAGUGCCGAUAGCUGCAAAUCCUUGAAAUUGCCUUGUGUGACGGUGGCGCUCAAAGUUGCUGACGGUUUGGGGAACGUCACGUGCAAAACGUUUGAAAUGACAGUCUCUCAGUUUCAGAAUUUCCACAGCCAGUUCAAGGAAAUGGCAAGCGUUCUCGAGACAUUUUGAACAAGGGUCCAGUCUUCCCUUGCCUCCUAAAAGAUCGCUCUACAGAAUGGUUCUCCAGAAAGAGGUGUAGGUUUGUUCUUCUUUUUGGUUUCCACCAUGGCUUUCUCCAGCUGAAGAGGUGUAAACUCUCCGGUAUGGAGUGAAAUUCUACACACGAGUCCUCCUCCUGAAACGGACCUCCCGUUUCACCCCAGAAUUUAGGUGGAACCUAUCUCAGCUACUCGGAAGAAGACCAGGGAAGUC